AUGCGCCAGGAAACAGAGUACCAGAUAAUGGACUUCAGAAUCAAGCAGGCAGAGCUUUGGCGAGAAGAUGUCCGAGACAUCAUUGGACUGACUUCAGUGAAAAUGGACACCUACCUCAUCGUGAAUGCUGUGCAGUUAGGCUUCACAGUCAUGGCCUUCUGCGAAGGACGCCUAGCCAGCGGAACCCCAACCUGGCUGGUAGGCUGCCACACGCUGUCGCUGGCAGGGGCGUUCAUGUACCUGCUGAUGUCUGUCUGGUUCUCUAUGCAUGCUUCCAUCACGGCCAAGAGCUAUGAAACGCGGCUUCUCACUCAGCUUGUACGACUGCCUGUGCCUUCCUGGGCGCAGCUCGAAGCGGCGCGGACAUAUGGCUCUACUUUUGAGAAGACCAAGACAGCCCAGAUGUUUCGAGUCCCCUUUGCCAUGGGUACCCAGCAGCGAGUCUUGGGUGAGCCGUCAUCGAGCUCCACACCCGCCCUGGAAGACCAGCAAGGUUCAGCAGGCGAUGCUCCAGCAUCCUCAGCAGAUCUUUGGGGCCUCGAGGGCAGCGGUGAGGAGAUUUACGAGCUUGAUGGCAAGCUCCGCACUGACCCAGCAUCUCAACGACACCUGCAGUUGAUCAAGCAGGUGAUGCACUACUGGCAGUCAUAUGAUGGCUUCGCACGCGUGGCCAUGAGCAUGGGCACCAAUCAGUUGAUCCUGGGCCUCUCAUACUAUGUGAUUGGCUAUGUGCUGAUCUCUAACAAGGCCAUUAUUGCCUGCUGGCUGGUUGUCCUCCUCUUCAUGGUCAUCGCCACAGCGCUGAUUCGCUUGGACAUGUCCCUGACCGGCUUUGAGUUCCGGGCAGCAAUGGUCCUGGUUUUUGCCGGGCCAACUCUGACAGCCCUGGCAGCCCAGCAGUGGCGGCUACACACAGUGAAAGGCUACGAGAUGGUGCACCUCCUUGCGCCUCUGCCUUACGCAGCGGAGGCUGCCUGGCUGAUGCUCCUGCUCUACAUUAGCAAGGUGCAGGAGCAGGAGGGUGGAGCCACACUUCCAACUGGCUUCCGAUCUGUGAUGUACAUUGAUGUCUUUGGCUGGAUUAAGCGCGCUCGUGCUCAGAAGCAGGCCGAGGAGCCUCUGUCGCCCAAAGAGACUCACCGGCUGCCGUCCCCCGCAGAGGCUGCAGUGCCGCAGCCAGGAAGGGGACCAGCCCUGGAGGCGGUUCACUACGAUGGCCGGAUCCUCAAAGGCCCCGCCCCACGGCGGCCAGAGACACUGCCAGGUGCUGCAAAGCCCCCUCCAGAGACGUUGGCUACAAAAGAGAUGUUCGACCCGACCACGUUUGUUCCGCGUGAGAAGGACGGACAGCAUGCGAAUCACGCAGAGGACAUCCACCCGUACCUUAAGCCGGGCGUAGUUCCCUGGCGCAUCUUCUGCUCGGCGACCACGUUGCUGCUUGUGCUAUGGUGGAUCUCUGGAGUGCUCAUCCUCCUUCAGUCCUCCGGCUGGUCCGCGCUGCGCGUUUCGCCGCUUCUCCAUGACACGGAGGAGGGUCCAGCACCAAUCGAGCAAACCCACACUGCCGCGUUCCUGCUAGAGGAGGCCGCUAUUCAGCCGCAUCCUGUGGCGGAGUCUUUGCAUGGAGAGCACAUUGCCACCUUCUGGCCUCCAGGGGCCUCCCCCAGGCAUCUGUCGUGUGCUUCGGCAGAUGGGGCCGUGCGCUUUGCUGCCAGCAGCCGCUUUGGCCUCUUCGAGGCCACACUGAACACCGGCCUGAAGAGCAAUGCCAGCCGCCCGAGCAACUCCAGUGCCGAAUUCCGCUUCGCUCCAGUCUGUGAUGACCUCGAAGGCGAGGCUCUGCAGGAUCUUAGCGUGCUGUGCAGCGGCAAGGACUGCCAUGCCCAGGUGCUGCAUCGGCAAGGACAGCGCCUUGCCUCCUGCAGCCUGGGCACAGCGACCCAUGCUCCAGAGGCCGUGAUGUCGCUAGGCGAUACCUGGCUUGGCCAGGGGGACGCGGCCCGAGACGAAGCUCAAGAAGAGGUCUCGUCCCUGGCUAUGAUGGAUCGUUGUGUCGGCAGUAGUCAGCGUUGUGCCUACGCAGAGACAACGGGCGGGCGACUCGUAGAGCUCAAGUCUGGGCUGGCGCAAGGCUCCGCAGACUGGCUGCCAACCCGGGUGCUUCUGGCAGAUGUGGGCCGUGCGGCCAUGCGCAAAGGCGCUGCCCUGCACACACUUGGAGACCGCUACCUGGCGAUGCUGGUGACUGGCGGGCAGGAGCUGCGAAUCUUCGACCUCCGUCAGUCAGGUAAGCUGCUUCAGCGCUACCCUCUGCCAGCACAGAAGCAGUGGCGUUCCAUGUGCAGUGCGGGCAGCAACCUCUUCCUCCUUUCAGAGGACCCAGCAGAGGCGGCGCAGAUCUUCCGCUUCCCACUUCCGCAGUCGCUGCUGCCCCCCGCACAGAUGAAGCCGAAAGUUCUGCAGGAGAAGGCAGGGGCUGCGCCAACAUCUGCUCCGAUGACCUUAGCAUCGGCCUACACGCAGACGCUGCCCAAGGAGCCUCACCUCACGGACUCCGCAAAUGCCAGUGAGCACAAAGCUGUGCCUUGGUUUGCUGCCAAGCAGGUCUCCUUAGAAAGCCACCAGGCCGCAGCCAAUGCCUCUGCACCGGUCUCCAAGACAAGCUCAGAAAGUGUGAAGGACGCCUCCAUCGCCCCAGCUGCAGAAACGAGGGCCACAGAGGCGCUGCCUAGCCACAAGGACAACAGCAGCUCAGCACAUGCUGUGCCAAUCUUCGCCGCAAAGCGCGUAUCUCUUGAAGAUGAAGCCUUGGCCGCUGCUCCGAGCAGCAAGCCGUCUGCGGCCAAAGGGGCUUUGCGAGAACGCCGUUCCGUUCGCAAGUCUGCAAUGGCAGGCAAGGGCGUCCUGAGCGCGCAUAAUUGA